AGCGCGCCGAGAAAGUCGGCGCACUCGGCGAGGCCUGGGCGACAGCCUGCAUCGCCUCCGGGCAGCAGCGGCAGGCCAGGGCGGGGCCCAUCGAGACGGCGGCGGCUCCGGCCAGGCCCACACCCCCUUCCAUCCGAGGCCCCUCUCCAGGGUCCGUCCGAGGCCCGCCCGCCGAGGCGGCUCCGGACGUGGCGACGAGCGAGAGGCACGCCGGGCAGGGGUGGCCGUGGUCUCCAGGGGCGCCCCGCCGCCGCUCCGCGCAGAGCGCCCGCGUCGGCGCCGCGCCGAAGUUUUCGGGGGGCGGCGCCCCCGCGCGCGGCGAGCCUAAAGUACAAGCACCAGCGCCUGGUGCUCGGCAGAGGGAGGGGCAGCGGUAGGGGGAGGGGGC